UAUUUUUCUGUGUCCAUUCCUUGGUCUCUUUCUUCGUUUCAGAUUAAGUAUUUGGGCGAGUAGCUCCAGAUUAUUUCUGUUCCAUUAUGGCAAACCAGCCUGCCCCAACCCGCCCAUGGAUCCGCUUGGGUUCCAUGAGGCCCGUAGCGCCUGCACCAGCGCCUGCAGCUGCGUCCGCAGCUCCUGAGGCUCAGCCUCAGGCACAACCUCAGCCUCCUGCAGCUCGACCUAUUGUUCGACCCUCAUUUGGUCAGGUAUUUAGGCCCACAACCCAGCCUCAGCAGCCACCUUUCCGGGUUGGGAAUGUAUCAGUUCCAACUUCUCCGAUUCAGAAAACUACCACAUCCGUGCCAACAUCUCCGGUAGUCGCGAAACCUUACGGUACUUCAUCAGUGCCAACAUCUCCAGUCCAGAAAGUGGUCACAACUAGUGCUUUUCCAGCCACAACAUUGUCUUCCGUGCCAACAUCUCCAGUUCCAAAAUCUCCCAAGACCUCUGCCUCCUCCUCUUCAGUGCCAACUUCCCCCACAACCAAAGUCAUCUCAACCAUUCCUCCCAUCACCACCAGUACCACCACUGUUAUCACCGAAUCGAUCACAGUACCGGCCCAGGCACCAGAACCCCCACAGGCACAAGCACCAUCACCGGGACGGGCACGGGCACGGGCAUUGGCACCAGCCCCACUAUUGUCCAAGCUUUCAGCACAAACCACACCUCCUUCUGAGAAAGUCAAACCACAUGCUCCUCCCCCAUCUCCUCUAACUCUGCCUCCUGCCCAGCCAAAACCCGCUCCUGAGCCGAUUGAGCAGAAGACUGUGGUCAUCGAAAAGCCCAAGUCACCAUUCAGGCCCUCCAUUGGUGGACUGCAAAGUAAUGUGGGCGACUCUGUGAAGCCAAGCAUUGUCCCUGGUUACGAGAAGCGUGAGCCGGGGACCAAAGACCAGAAAGUUAACCUCAAGAAAGCAGACUCUGAGGAUGCCAGCUUGAAGAUCAUAACGCUUGCAGGUGACAACACUGGAGCCGUAAUGGAGCUAAGCCCCGCCCGCAAGAAACCCGACCCUGAAGGCAACUCCAACCCUCUUGUCAAGAAGACCGACCUCAAAACUUGGUUGGGGACCAAAUUAGGAAGCGAUUCCAGUAGCAGCGAUGAAGAGAAGUCGAAAAAGAAAGACAAAGCUCACAACAAAAUGGGGACCCCAUCACCACCCAUGAAUGCAUUCACGAACAGCAAUGUUCAAGCCGUUAACAACUCCAUUCUCUUCAACACCUCUUGCAACCACCACGAUCCUGGUGUCCAUGUUUUCUUCACUCGUCGUGGUGGCGGCCGUGGACUGCAUAUCAAGGACCAUGGAGAUGGGCAAGAUAAGUAGAGAUCAAACAGCUUGCACGCAUAAAAUUAAGCUUUUUCAUUUUCAAAAUUCUUACAUUAUAUAAAAGGAUAUAUAUAUAUGUAAGAGAAUAAAUAAAAGUGACUGGUUAUGAUAAAAAGGCAUGGGUUUUGAUUCUCCAUGGUUGUGUUCCAGAUCUUCAGAUGGAAUGUAACCUAAGAUGGUGACCCAUAUGCCCUCAUUUGAAUAUUUAUGUGUUUGUAAGUGUGAGGUGACGAUGAUUGGGGAAGAAAUUAAUAAAAGGUGCAAUUUGCAUUUGAUUUGAAUUA